AUGACGCAUAAAUGUGACCUACCUGAGAAGAUCUCUCCCUCUACAGAUGAAUGUGGCCCACCUGAGAAGACGUCUCCCUCUAUAGAUGAACGUGGCCCACCUGAGAAGACGUCUCACCCUACAGAAAAAUGUUACCCACCUGAGAAGACGUCUCCCUCUAUAGAUGAAUGUAACCCACCUGAGACGUCUCCCUCUAUAGAUGAAUGUAACCCACCUGAGAAGACUUCUCCCUCUAAAGAUGAAUGUAACCCACCUGAGAAGACGUCUCCCUCUAUAGAUGAAUGUGACCCACCUGAGAAGUCGUCUCCCUCUACAGAUGAAUGUGACCCACCUGAGAAGACCUCUCUCUACAGGUGA